AUGUCUUCACGGCCAGAUUACCGACGCCGGGAUCGUAGUUGGGAAAGGGACGAGCGGGACAGAGACCCUAGAGACCGACAUUCGCGGUACAGCAGUGACCGCUCUAGAGGAGGUGGACCAGGUGGUAGAGGCAGGGAUAGAAGUCGGUCUCGAAGUCCACCACGUCGUGGCGAGAGGGACAGGGACAGGCGGUCUGAUAGGCAUGAUGACCGUCGUGACAGAGAUGAUCCUAGGGACAAAAGAGAUGACAGACGGAGGGACCACGACCGGGACCGUGAUGAUAAACGUGAUUAUCCGCGAAGGGAUGCUGAGAGGGACGGACGAGACCACGACAGGAGAGACAGAGGCGGUGACCGCGACCGUGGAAGGGAUCGUGGAAAAGACAGGGAUGAAAGAGAGACUGGCACUCGCUCGCCACCCCCGGGCCCUCGUGAUGGCCCGUCAAGACCUCCAGGUGCAUCAUUCACAACCUCUCCGCAAGAGGGCACUCCGGAAGUAGGAGAGGAAGGUGAAGAGAUGGACGCCACUAACGCAGACGACGAGGCCAUGAUGGCUAUGAUGGGGAUGUCUGGCUUUGGCACGACCAAGGGUAAACAUGUCCAAGGCAAUCAGGAAGGGACCGCCGAUGUCAAGAAAAUCCGCACUUGGAGACAAUACAUGAACAGGUAUGGUAUUCUCGCAACCUGUUAG